UCAGCAUAAUUUACUCUGAUGGGUCAAGGAGAGCUCAAGGAUGGUUGUAGGUCAACAGUGAAACGAGGAGAUACACGUUCCUUACUGACGGAUUUAACCCCCGUGAGAUAUGACGAUCAAGGUGUGUGUCUGUGGGGGUGGUAAUGGCGCUCACACUCUGUCUGGUCUCGCUGCCUCAAGGGACGGAGUCGAGGUCCGAGUCCUGACACUAUUUGCUGAUGAAGCCGAGCGCUGGACAAAGGCACUUGGAGGCGAUGAAUUGACGGUGAUUGUAAAUGAGAAAGACGGAACAAAAACCGAAGUCAAAUCACGCCCGAAGGUCAUCACCAAGGAUCCGGUAGUUGCUAUCAGUGGGGCGGAUGUUGUGGUACUAACUGUUCCUGCUUUUGCACACGAGGGUUACUUCCAAGCUAUGGCUCCACAUGUUCAGGACUCGGCCCUUAUUGUCGGCCUGCCUAGUCAGGCGGGUUUUGAAUUCCAAUGUCGUGAUAUUUUAGGAGACAAAGCUGCGGCAGUUUCAAUGAUGUCUUUUGAAACGCUUCCAUGGGCUUGUCGCAUUAAAGAGUUCGGCAAGAAAGUCGAAGUACUUGGUACCAAAUCGGUACUUGCAGCUUCGCUUAUCAAGGGUACAGCCGAGACGGUUGACCCACUGUCAACGCUACAGAUGCUACAUGGUGCCGAACCUGUCUUCCGUCUCGCCAAGCAUUUCCUAGAGAUGUUGAUAAUGAGCUACUCUUUUGUCCACCCUGCAAUUUUGUACGGUCGAUGGGGUACAUGGGACGGUAAGCCGGUUGCUGAAGCGCCAUUAUUUUACCAAGGCAUUGAUCAAGCAACGGCGGACAUGCUAACAGCGUGUAGCGACGAAUGCAAGGAAGUAGCGAAUGCCAUCAUGGCAGCGUGUCCAGGAAACGACCUUUCGGAUGUCAAGGAUAUCUACCAAUGGUAUUUGGAGUAUUAUCAUGAAGAUAUUCAGGACGACAAAGACCUAUACCACGCUAUUACCACUAACAAGAGUUAUAAGGGGCUUGUACACCCAGUAAAGGCUGAAGAUGGUGGUGUUGUUCCUGAUUUCGGGAAUCGCUACCUGACAGAGGAUAUACCUAUGGGGAUGAUAGUGUUCAAAGGAGUAGCUAUUGCGGCUGGGGUUCCCAUUCCUAAAAACGACAAACUAAUUAUGUGGGCACAGGAGAAAAUUGGAAAAGAAUAUCUUGUAGAUGGGGCUCUAACUGGUAAAGAUGUGGCGACCACACGCUGUCCACAACGGUAUGGAUUCAAUACCCUGAAUGCUAUUCUGACUGGUAAAAAGGAGUGAAUGACAAGUGUAUCUAGGUACUUACCGUUUUCCGCAUUUAUUGCAGAUACCGUGACUCAAAUACCUGUUCCAAAGAAUUGUGCAUAUGUGAAAACACGUUGCAUUUAAAUGAAUCGUUUUGUACCUAUGAUAAUUCCUUCCAAGUGAGUUUAUACUUUAGACCCCAAACAUCAAAGGGCAGAUAAUCAAUACAGCUUUUAGGCUAUACUAUUUAUAGCUUUCGUCUACCCUAGAUAGGUGCAUCCAUGCUGUUACUGGUGUGAUAUUUCCUUAUACCCUAGAGCUAGGACGGGAUAAUCUUAUUUAUGAUGUCAGGACAGAAAUGCCAUCCCAUUGAUUUGUCAGUAACAUUAUAUGAAACGUUGAGAGAAAUAUGUCCACGAUUAAAAAUCGCUAUUAAUAAUAUGCCAAUUUGUCCUUAGGUGAUUGAGAAAAUUAAGACCAAAUACUUAAUGUUGAAAGAUGAAUUUGUCAUAUGCCCUAAAUGGGUGAGUAUACUACAUUGUAGACUAAAACUUAAUUAACUAAAUUUGUGAUAUAAUUCAGUACUGUGAAGUCGUAAAUUUUCAUGGGUCUCAAAUUUCAGAGUUUUUUCUGGAAAGGUAUACAUUUUAGUUGGCUUUCAGUUUUGUCAUAAAAUUCAUUAGUGUUAAAAUGAAUGUCUAUUUUUUUAUCUGUUUACCAUUUCGUUGAGAUAUAAAUUCGAGGAUUCAGAGGAAAAAAGAAUUCGACUCACUAAAAUUAAUUAUUUUACAGUAUUUGACCGUAUUGGACAAAAUCUGUUUUUUGAAGAGUAUAUCAUAUUAUAAAUAUUGAUAUACAAACGUUUCCAUAUAUCACACCAGGAGUUUUUUAAUGUUCAUGUAUAACAUGAAUCCCUUUACAAGAUGACCUAAUUAGUCCGAGCUGUUCGUUUUUCCAAACAAUUCCGGAAUAACGAAUUUUGCAAAUUGAGGAAAAUGCGUCAAUCGCCGUUAAUUUCUACAUUUAUCUCAUAUGAAAACCUUUUUAUAAUGAAUUCCUUACGCGUCACCCUGUAUAGAUUUUUUUUCUGGAUCGCUAACAUGUUAAAUAUCUGGUAGUGUAUCUAAAUGUACCCUUUUAAUGCUUAUGCGUUAUGAAUGGCUUAGAUCUGUGAUAGACGUCAGUAUUUAUUUUACUUUUUAAUUCCAAUAUUUAGAUUUUUGUCAAGAAUGUCUAUUAAAGUUAAUUGGUUGAUAUUGAA